UGUUUUCAUGCUCAGGUAGCUCCAUCAGUAAAACUCAAGCCCCGGUCUCUAUGUACCCAGAGUUACAACUUGCACACGUCAAUACAGAAACAAGGCCUCUUUCAAAAUUCCGUCUUCUCAACUUGUCGCCAUGGCUAACCCAUGGUGUGCUGAUGUUCAUAACAAUGAUGUUCUUCGUGCUAUGGGUACGGGCGCCUUCGAUCGAUGACGUAGUUCUGUACUCUCCAGUAAACGAGGCCAUUGAAUCCAUCGGUAUUAUACGACUCAAUGGAACUCUGGGCACUCCUUCUAUAUAUCGUGGCACUCCAUCUCCAGAAGUCGACGCUGUUUGGGACAAGAUAGCUCUUGAUGCGCGCCCAAUCGGUAUGACACUUGAGCAACUGCUCAGAACGGGGGCGAAACCUUCUCCUUCCAUGACUAGGUAUCCGGAUGAAUACGGUGGAGAUUAUAUGGCAACUGUAGAAGUCAUUCACCAGCUCCAUUGCAUAGAUAUGCUUCGCAGAGUCAGCUGGAGUAAUCAUUCCUCGGGACAUGGCGCCCACGAAUCUUCCGAAGACUUCCGCAUUCAUCUCGACCACUGCAUCGAAAUGCUCAGGCAGAACAUUAUGUGUCGUGCCGACGUGACAAUGCUCACUUACGACUGGGUGGAGGGAGUCAAAGAUCCUUUCCCUAACUUUAGAAUCCCUCACCGAUGCAGAAACUUGGAGAAGGUCUUGGAUUGGGUUGAUGCGCAUCGUGUUGAUGUCCCUAAAUCCAAGAUGGUCCGCUUGGAGGGUAACGUGGACCUGCCUUCCCCUCCCUGAUUACAGUCUCGAUAUAUUCUCACGGCUCUCGCGUAGAUCGCGAUAUGACGAAUGUAGCAGAGCCAACGUGUUGAAACGUCGGAUGGAAAUAUUAUUUCUGCAGAAUGAAUUAAUAUUGUGAUCAUUUUGACAGCGCUCCCACAGUUUUCCCGAUGUUCCAUUAAUGUAGCUCCAACGGCGCUAGAAAUGCCGCAUGCGCAGCAACAAGCUCUGAAAUGGACGCAUCGGUGCAUCCUCGUUUAAGAACUGCCGUACGGAAAAUCAUAUCACUGAAGCACAGUAAAAGAACCAAACGGGGCCCCGGAAUUUGGCCAUAAUUUGGGUUUGAACUCGAGAUCAGCUGAUUAACU